AUGCGGCGCCGCCGCGGGGGGGCCCUGAGGAGGGGCGCGGGGCCGGCGCUCCUCCUCGUGGCGCUCGCCGCGGCGCCCCUCCGGGCGGCCUUCGCCACGGUCGCGGAGUUGAGGCGGAGGCUUCGGGAGCGCAGCCUGCCCGUGUCGGGGCGGAAGGGCGAGCUGGUCGCGAGGCUGCGGCAGGGCGCGGGCGCCGCGCGCACCCCGCGCCCGGCGGCUCGGGAGGCGCCGCUGGGCCCGCGCGCGGCCGGCGCGGGCGCCGCCGCAGCUCACGAGCGAAACAAGGACGACCUGGGCGGGCUGGCCGUGGCCGAGCUCCAGGCGCGGCUGCGCAGUCGCGGGCUGCCCGUGUCGGGGCGGAAGCCGAGCUGGUCGCGAGGCUGCGGGAGGCGGGGGAGGAGGACCUGGGCGGGCUGGCCGUGGCCGAGCUCCAGGCGCGGCUGCGCAGUCGCGGGCUGCCCGUGUCGGGGAGGAAGCCGAGCUGGUCGCGAGGCUGCGGGAGGCGGGCGCCGAGGCCGGCACGGGGGAGGCGAUCGGGAGGGGGUCGCCGGAUCGCGGCCUGGCGGUCUCGGACGUCGUGAGGGCGUGGUCGUCGAAGGCGGGGUGGCAGCGCGCGACAGUGACCGCGAAGAACCCGGACGACACCUACACCGUGACGUGGCAGCUGGACGGGACCACCACAACUGCAGCCGGGGCAGGAUGAAGAGGCUGAAGUCCGAGGGGUUCCCCGUGGCAGACCUCGCUCCGGGCCAGGAGGUGACGGGGAAGGUGACCUCCGUCCAAAACUACGGGGUCUUUGUGGACGUUGGCGCCGAGCGGGACGGCCUCGUGCACACGUCCAAGCUUGCCGAAGCUGCCGCUGGGAGAGUCCACAAGGACGUCGCCGUCGGCGACGAGGUGAGCGCCUGGGUGUCGCAGGUUAGGGCCGACGGCUCCCUGGAGCUGACGGCGAUCGAAGGGACGGCGCCCUCGCCGAGGCGCGCGCUGAAGGUGCAGAGCCUCGAGGUCGGCCAGAAGUUCGAGGGCGUCGUGGUCAACGUGGUCCAGUUCGGCGCGUUCGUCGACAUCGGCGCGGAGCGCAACGGCCUGGUGCCCAGGGAGCAGACCGGGGCGCCGCCCGAGGACGUCCAGGCCGCCGCCGCGGAGGGGCGGCCCGUGGCGGUCUGGGUGACCAAAGUCUGGCCCGACGACAACUUCGAGCUCACGAUGAAGGCGCACGUCGGCAGGAGCGUCGCGGCUCGCCCCGCCGCGCGCCCCGCCGGCGGCCUCGAGCCCGGCGAGCGGCUCUCGGGGGUGGUGCGGGCGGUCAUGCCGUACGGCUUCUUCGUCGACGUGGGCUCCGAGCGGGACGGCCUGGUGCCCCUCUCGAGGAUGCCCGCGGGCGAGGCCGUGCCCCAGCCGGGGCAGGAGGUGGCCGUGUGGGUCAGGGGCGUGCGGCCCGACGGAGCCAUCGAGCUCACGACAGAUCCUCGAAGAUGA